AUGCCUCAACUUGGUCAAAUCAAGUCACUUUCUACCGAUAUGGAUUAUAAGUUCACGUAUAGUGAUGACACUUCUGCUUUUGUCUACUACGACCUUGUCAUUUUAAAACACGACACGAGCGAGAAGGCGUCGUAUAUCGUGAGGGUGUGGCUUGCUAAGCUAGGUGACGCUAAGUCUUCGUCCGAUAAUGAUGCGAAACCGACACAAGUGACAAUUUCCGAUGUUGUUUAUGAUCUGUACACGGGACACAACGGCAAUGCCCCUGAAUACACUUUUGUGGUCACGAUGAAGACUCAUAACUUUCAUGGUAAUCUAAUGGAUUUUAUCAACUACCUCACUAAGGCAAAGUCGCUUGACUCGUCACACUACCUGGCGACUAAUCUGGCGGGCAUACAAGUCUUUGACAGUACGCAAGGCACUACGACCAUGUCCAAUUUCUCGGCUUCUAUCCAGCUUGCAUAG